AUGUUAUCGAGGAGAGUGCUGUCGAAGGAGGAAGAGUCCGAAUCUACAGACGCCGAAGUCACAAAGGAAGACCAGGACAAGAUCAACACGUUUUCCAGGUUACACAACCGGAGCAAAGUUCUCGAGGAGGAGUUGGCGACCAAACAAAAAGACAAAGAAGACCUCGAAGAACUCUCGACCGAACUUGAACUUGCGGACGAAGAUGAGUUGGUACCAUACAAAAUCGGCGAUUCGUUCAUGCACCUCCCACUCAGCGAGGCACAGGAUCUUCUCGCUUCCGCCACGACAGAAAUCGAGGGAGAAGUGUCGACGUUGGAAGAAGAGCUGGGGACGAUCAAGGAUGAGAUCAGCCAGCUGAAGGCCCAUCUGUACGCGAGGUUCGGGAGGGGGAUCAAUCUCGAAGCGUGA